CCCGAACGCCUAAAGAAGCACGCGAAAAUUCCGAAUCAUAAACUUCUAUGGCAUGGCACCAGUGUCGGUGUGGUUGCUGCAAUUCUGAAAACCGGUCUGCGCAUCAUGCCACAUUCGGGUGGACUGGUCGGCAAAGGGAUCUAUUUUGCCUCACAAGCCGCCAAAUCGAUGGGCUAUUGUGGUUGCGAUCGUGAUGGCCAUCGGUUGAUGUUCUUGACCGAAGUGGUUUUGGGUAAAGAACAUUACAUAUACACCCCAGACGGGUCAAUCAGAAAGCCCCCGAAUGGUUACGACAGUGUUGUGGCAUUCGGUACUCACGAUUCGAUAGAGACGGAGUUGAAGUUGCAUUCUAUUUGGACCUUUCUCAUCAGUCUAUUCCUCCAAUUUCAGCUCGGAAUGCCUCCCAAACGGAAAGCAGCCAGUCAGGCUUCAAAUACACGGGCAAAGGUGUCUCGUCAAGAACAGAAAGAGAAGGACACAAUAAUGAGAACCGUUUCUGGUAGUCCAAAUUUCACUAUGGCACAGAUUAUUCAACAGAUCUGA